GUGCAAUCGUCUUUCUCUCUCUCUCUCUCUGCUAAACCCUCUCUCUCCCCGUCGUCUUCUCUCUAAACAGAGCAACGAACAACUGAAACCUUGAACCCAUCUCUCUCACUUGCUCUCCCUCUAGAUUGUAUUUCUCUUUACAGGAGUCCAUGAAAAGUGCUUAGCGAAGCGGACUGAAGAGUUUUAGAGAGAGAGAAUGGGUAAGUAUAUGAGGAAGUCAAAAACCGCGAGCGAAGUGGCUCUGCUGGAUAUCAGCCACACACAAUCCUCUCUUGGCGUCCGUACCCGGGCCAAAACCCUAGCCCUCCAGCGCUUGCAGCGAUCAACCGUGGCCGCGCCUGGCGCUACCUCUUCCGGUUGCGGUGAUUGUGGGUCCUACAUGCAGCUUCGCAGCCGGCGGCUGCAGAAACCCCCAAUUGGUUCCCAGCCGCGCAGGCACAAGCCCGCCCCCAAAGAUUCGAACCCUAGCCUGAAGGCGAACCAAAACCAGAACAAGAGUUCGAGAGCCAGUUCGAAGCUGAGACAGGUGUCCUCUGCCAAUUCGCGCUCGGUGAAUAAGGGGGACGAAUGUUUGGAUGACGAGAAAAAGGAAGAUAACAUUUUGCAGGAGAGUAACGUUGGUGUCGAGAAAACUGAGAACAAUGUCAACAACGGAGACGAUAUCGCUGUUGAAGGGUCAUUCGGCGAGAAUUUGCCGGAUUUUGAAGGUAGAGAGAGGACCACUAGGGAGAGCACACCUAUCAGUUUGAUAAGGGAUCCAGAUGCCAUUCCAACCCCUGGUUCCAGUACAAGGCGUACCAGCACAAAUCAAGCCCACCGCAGAAUUCAAAAUUCACCGGAAGGACACAUCCCAACAAUUCAUGAAAUGAAUGAAUUCUUUUCAGGCGCAGAAGAGCAGCAGCAGAGAGAGUUCAUUGAAAAGUACAACUAUGAUCCAGUGAAUGACAGGCCACUUCCUGGACGGUUUCAAUGGCAAAAAAUAGAUCCUUAAGUGCUCCCUACAUUAGGAGUCUUCCUGCAUUUUCUUGUUCCAACUCAGAGGCGGCUUAGGAGACGUGGGUUAACUCCAGGUGGUUUUAAUUUUAAAUGGUAACAGUAAGUAAUUGUGAUUUAUCGAAUCACCCUUUUACAUGUAAGAACCAACCCUAGUUGGGCAGCUAGUUUAGAUUGUAGACUAAUGAUCUGUAACAUAACAGGGCUCGAAACUGACAAAACAAAAUAGCAGGCGAUCCUUUGUCUAACAGAUCAUGAAUGGGGAAAGGGGAAAGUGGGUGAAUUGUAGAGAGAGAUAGUGUUAGAGGUAGGUUUUGGGGUCGGUCGGUACAUUAGUACAGAAGUUAACUAAUCUUGUUUCUGUAUUUCAUAUUUUAGUGUAAUUCCUCCUUCUCCUCCUCCCCUUUUUCUGUUUUAAUGAAAUUACUACUGUUCAUACAUUUGUACCCAUGGAAAUCAGGAAUAAAUGACGUCAUUUUCUCUCUGGA